AUGAAUCAGGAUAUGGAACUACCAGAGGCGUACACGUCGGCUUCGAACGACUUCCGUUCGGACACGUUCACCACUCCAACGCGCGAAAUGAUCGAGGCUGCGCUAACGGCGACCAUCGGUGACGCCGUCUACCAAGAGGACAUCGACACGUUGAAGCUAGAACAGCACGUCGCCAAGCUGGCCGGCAUGGAGGCCGGUAUGUUCUGCGUAUCUGGUACUUUGUCCAACCAGAUUGCUUUGCGGACCCACCUAACUCAGCCACCAUAUUCGAUUCUUUGCGACUACCGUGCGCAUGUGUACACGCACGAGGCUGCGGGGUUGGCAAUUUUGUCCCAGGCCAUGGUGACACCUGUCAUUCCUUCCAACGGCAACUACUUGACUUUGGAAGACAUCAAGAAGCACUACAUUCCUGAUGAUGGCGACAUCCACGGUGCUCCAACAAAGGUUAUCUCGUUGGAAAACACCUUGCACGGUAUCAUUCACCCACUAGAGGAGCUUGUUCGGAUCAAGGCUUGGUGUAUGGAGAACGACCUCAGACUACACUGCGAUGGUGCGAGAAUCUGGAACGCGUCCGCAGAAUCCGGUGUGCCUCUAAAACAGUACGGAGAGCUAUUCGACUCCAUUUCCAUCUGCUUGUCCAAGUCCAUGGGUGCCCCAAUGGGCUCCAUUCUCGUCGGGUCGCACAAGUUCAUAAAGAAGGCGAACCACUUCAGAAAGCAGCAAGGUGGUGGUGUCAGACAGUCUGGUAUGAUGUGCAAGAUGGCGAUGGUGGCUAUCCAGGGUGACUGGAAGGGCAAGAUGAGGCGUUCGCACAGAAUGGCUCACGAGCUGGCCAGAUUUUGCGCAGAGCACGGCAUCCCAUUGGAGUCGCCUGCUGACACCAACUUUGUCUUUUUGGACUUGCAGAAGAGCAAGAUGAACCCUGACGUGCUCGUCAAGAAGAGUUUGAAGUACGGCUGCAAGCUAAUGGGCGGGCGUGUCUCCUUCCACUACCAGAUAUCUGAGGAGUCCCUUGAGAAGAUCAAGCAGGCCAUCCUAGAGGCGUUCGAGUACUCGAAGAAGAACCCUUACGAUGAAAACGGCCCCACGAAGAUCUACAGAAGUGAGUCCGCUGACGCUGUGGGUGAGAUCAAGACCUACAAGUAUUAA